AUGCCAGGUAAAGUGGACAGCAUGUUAAUCCUCUUAGUAGCUGGAGAAUUUUCAGUGGGGAUGUUAGGGAAUGCAUUCAUUGCAUUGGUAAACUGUAUAGACUUGUUUAAAAACAGGAAGAUUGCCUCCAUCGAUUUAAUCCUCACAAGUCUUGCCAUAUCUAGAAUGUGUCUGUUGUGCACAAUACUACUAGAUUGCUUUAUAUUGGUGUUGUAUCCAGAUGUCUACGCCAUGGGUAAACAAAUGAAAAUCAUUGACUUCUUCUGGACACUAACCAACCAUUUAAGUGUCUGGUUUGCCACCUGCCUAAGCAUUUUCUAUUUCCUCAAGAUAGCUAAUUUUUUCCAUCCUCUAUUCCUUUGGAUGAAAUGGAAAAUUGACAAAAUGAUUCUCUGGCUUCUGCUAGGGAGCUUGAUGCUGUCUGUAUUUAUCAGCCUUCCAGUAACGAAGAAUUUGAAUGAUGAUUUCAGGAAUUGUGUCAAGGUAAAGUGGAAAAUAAACUCAACUUUGAAAUGCAGAGUAAAUAAAGUUCAACAUGCUUCUACCAAGGUUGUUCUCAACUUGUUAACCCUAUUCCCCAUUUCAGUAUCCUUGGUCUCAUUUCUCCUCUUGAUCCUCUCCCUAUGGAGACAUAACAGACAGAUGAAGCUAAAUGCCACAGGGUGGAGAGACCCCAGCACAGCUGCCCAUGUAGAAGCCAUGAAAACUGUCAUCUCCUACAUCAUCCUCUUCACUGCCUAUUGUUUGGCCUUUCUUGUGGCCACUUCUAGCUACUUUAUGCCAGAGACUGAAUUAGCUGUGAUAGUGGGUGAGUUGAUUGCUCUACUUUGUCCUUCAAGCCACUCAUAUAUUCUAAUUCUCAGAAACCAUAAAUUAAGACAAACAUCUUUAAGAGUUCUGUGGAAAAUGAAACAUAUGCUAAAAAGAAGAAAAUUCUAA